CGUCUUAGUUGUUCUUCCGGGCAGCAGAGCAGCAACAGCAGCAGAAGAAGAAGAAGAAGACGUUGUCAGAUAGCAUUAGCAAUAGUGCUAGCUGUUCAGUUAGCUCAUACUUGAAGACGAGCCUGCGGAUUAAAGCUCACGCGACUCUGCUGACGUGUGAUGUAGGAGUCAUGUCCAGGUGUCUCUGUUUUUGUCUGUCCUCAGGUGUGAUGUAGGAGUCAUGUCCAGGUGUCUCUGUUUCUGUCUGUCCUCAGGUGUGAUGUAAGGAUCAUGUCCAGGUGUCUCUGUUUGUCCUCAGGUGUGAUGUAGGAAUCAUGUCCAGGUGUCUCUGUCUCUGUCUGUCCUCAGGUGUGAUGUAGGAGUCAUGUCCAGGUGUCUCUGUUUUUGUCUGUCCUCAGGUGUGAUGUAGGAGUCAUGUCCAGGUGUCUCUGUUUCUGUCUGUCCUCAGGUGUGAUGUAAGGAUCAUGUCCAGGUGUCUCUGUUUGUCCUCAGGUGUGAUGUAAGGAUCAUAUCCAUGUGUCUCUGUUUGUCCUCAGGUGUGAUGUAAGGAUCAUGUCCAGGUGUCUCUGUUUCUGUCUGUCCUCAGGUGUGAUGUAAGGAUCAUGUCCAGGUGUCUCUGUCUGUCCUCAGGUGUGAUGUAGGAGUCAUGUCCAGGUGUCUCUGUUUCUGUCUGUCCUCAGGUGUGAUGUAGGAGUCAUGUCUCUGCAGACGGUGCUGCAGCAGAGAAUAAGCUCCGCCCAGGCGUUGCUGCAGCGGGCGGAGCACCUCUGUCAAGGUGUGGAGGGUCACCAGAAGCUGUGUGGUAAACUGCGGGCGGAGCUGCGCUUCCUGCGACGGGUGGAGGCCGGAGAGCUGCAGGUCAAAGAGUCUCACCUGCACAGCACCAACCUGACUCACCUGACGGCCAUCGUGGAGUCGGUGGAGAGUCUGGAGGACGUGUUCGCUCUGCUGCAUGUCUUCACCUACCAGGACGCCGCCGGCUGCAGACAGACGCUGGUGGUGGACGUGGUGGCUAACAGGGGACACACCUGGGUGAAGGCGGUGGGCAGGAAGGCGGAGGCUCUACACAACAUCUGGCAGGGGCGGGGCCAGUAUGGAGACAAGAGCAUCGUCAGCCAGGCCCAGGACUUCCUGCAGGCCAGCCGCCAGCAGCCCGUCCAGUACCGCCACCCCCACAUCGUCUUCGCCUUCUACAACGGGGUCUCCUAUCCCAUGGCUGAACGCCUCAAGGACAUGGGCGUUGCCGUCCGCGGGGACAUUGUUGCUGUCAACGCUGUGAUGACAGAGGAAGGAGGGGAAGAGGAGGAGCAGCAGGAGGAGGAGGAGGAGGAGGAGGAGGAGGAGCCAGUUGAAGAUAAAGAUGAAGAUGAGGAGGAGGAGGAGUCUGAGCUGACACGAGUCGACCGCGGCACGGUGGUGGCCAGCCUGGCGUUUCCCGCUCAGGUGAAGGUGGAGGAGUGUCAGCGUGUUAACCUGGACAUCACCACGCUCAUCACGUACGUGUCGUCGCUGAGUCACGGGCGAUGUUACUUCACCUUCAGGGAGCCCGUGCUGACGGAGCAGGCGGCACAGGAGCGCCACCAGCAGGUGCUGCCGCAGCUCGACGCCUUCAUGCAAGGGAAGGAGUUGUUCGCCUGCCGUGCCGCCAUCGGCGACUUCCAGCUGAUCCUGGACACGCUGGGCGGGCCAGGUGAGAAGGAGCGGGCUGAGAAGCUGCUGGCCCGACUUCACGUGGUGGACGACCAGCCGUCGGAGCGCACAUUGCGCCUCACACCCAGCGCCAAGGUCAACCGCCGCUCGCUCAUGAUCUUUGGUACAGGAGACUCACUGAGAGCCGUUACCAUGACGGCAAACAGCCGAUUCGUCAGGGCGGCGGCCAAUCAGGGCGUCCGAUACAGCGUGUUCAUCCACCAGCCGAGAGCUCUGACUGAGGGCAAGGAGUGGAGGGCCUCGCCUGUCUCUGAGCAGGGGCUGAUGGGAGUUUGAGUUCAUACACAGGUGCAUUAAUCAAUGUGUCAUGUAAAUAUCAUCUGAUCAUAAAUCUGUAAUCAAAGAUCAAUAAAGUGUCACGCCCACUU